CGGCCGCAUUGGAAUCCAAUUAAAGCAUGACUCCUCCUCCUCUCCUCCUCUUUGAGUCUAGAGACUUUUGCAAUUCUUGAGCAGUCUCAGAUUGAGCUCAACAUGGCCACCCCUAGCACCACCACAGCGCUCGUCCUCCACGGAGCCAAAGAUCUCCGCCUAGAAUCCCGACCACUCUCUCCCCCGCAAGGCAAAGAAGUCCAAGUCGCCGUGCGCGCCACCGGUCUCUGCGGCUCCGAUCUCCACUACUAUACACACGGACGCAAUGGCGACUUCGUCGUGCGGGCGCCCAUGUGCCUGGGCCACGAAUCCUCUGGGGUCGUGACCGCGAUCGGGCCCGAGGUGACCAGCCACAGCGUCGGCGACCGCGUCGCAAUGGAGGUCGGACUUCCCUGCCGGCAAUGUGCCCUGUGCCGCCAGGGCCGCUACAACAUCUGUCUCAACAUGCAGUUCCGCAGCAGCGCCAAAGUCUUCCCACACUUAGACGGCACGCUGAUGGAGCUCACGAAUCACCCAGCAGACAUGUGCCACAAGCUCCCUGAUAGCGUUUCCUUCGCCGGCGGCGCGCUGGUCGAGCCCCUCGCCGUGUGUCUGCAUGCGAUCCGGCGGUCGCACCCACCGACGCAGGACGAGGUGACGCUCGCGCAGUCUGUCGGCGAGAAGACUUCGGCAUUGAUCUUCGGCGCGGGCGCCAUAGGUCUCCUGCUGGCAGCUGCGCUGGCCGUCUCGGAGAACUUUUCCUCGAUCCUGGUGGCGGACAUUGAUGCCUCGCGGCUGGCGAUCGCCGACUCGCUGGGCCUGGGUCUCAAGACCGCACUGAUUCCCAAGGCGGACCCCGCGAACCCGCCCCCGCCCAAGGAUGCGCCGCAUGCAGAGCAGACAACGUAUGCGCUGCAGAAUGCCCAGAGAGUCGCUGCGACGCUGAAGGAGGCAGAUGGCGCUACUUCGGGGUUCGCCCGCGUGUAUGAUUGCACCGGCGUGCCGGCGUGCGUUCAGGCAGGAAUCUAUGCCGCCGCCCCGGGCGCGGUUCUGGUGCAGAUCGGCAUGGGAAACCCCAUCCAGACCCUGCCGGUAGGCGCGGCCGCGCUGCGCGAGGUUGAUAUCAUCGGAGUGUUCCGGUACGACGGCUAUGCGUAUCCCGCGGCUAUCGCGCUGAUGGGUAGUGGGAAGUUCGAUCGAGUGGAGCAGCAAGUAGUCACGCACCGGGUCAAAUUAGCAGAUGGGGAUCGAGCCUUCUCGUUGGCGGGUAAGGGUAUUGAUGAAGAAGGGAAGCCUGUUGUUAAAGUUGUUAUUGAGAGCUGAGUGGUCGAUUCAUGAUUUCUUGCGUUUCAUUUGUUGCACAUUAUAUCAAUACCCAGGAGAUGUGGGGCACGAAAAAUGAUGAUUGAGCGUUAUGGUGUUACGAUGCAUGGAAAGUAUGUGGAUAUGUGAAGAAGCCAAGACCAGGAUGUUGUUAAUACACUUCAGCUCAGCCAGGUCGUUACAAGAUGAAUAGACUGGCCUGUCAUA